AUGGCAGCUGAGCAGAGAAAACUGCUGGAGCAGCUCAUGGGCGAGCAGUUGCUGGCUGGUCCUGGCGCGUCACGCGCUCCUCAACUCUCCAUCACUGAUCCAAAGGUGUGCCGCUCCUACCUUGUCGGCACCUGUCCUCACGACCUGUUUACCAACACCAAACAAGAUCUCGGCCUGUGUCCCAAGACUCACAGCGAAGCCUUGAAGUCAGAGUACGAAAACGCAGACGACCAGCAAAAGCGCAAAUGGGGCUUCGAUUUCGACUACAUGCGAGACAUGCAAAAAUACAUCGACGACUGCAACAGGCGCAUAGACAGCGCCCAGCGCAGACUGGAAAAGACGCCUGAUGAGAUCCGCCAGACGAACGCUCUCUUGAAACAGAUUGGCGAACUAUCGCGCAAUAUCGAGGACGGUCUGGUCGAAGUUCAGAUCCUGGGCGAAUUGGGUGGUGUUAAUACCGCCGUCACAGAAUACUUCCGUAUCAGGCAGCAAAAGCAGUUGAAGGAGGAUCGCGAACGUGAGCUCAAGGCUCUCUCGGAUACUUCAGGUCCAUCGGGUCACCAAAAGCUUCAGGUCUGCGACGUUUGCGGCGCAUACCUCAGUAGACUGGACAACGACCGUAGACUGGCAGACCACUUCUUCGGAAAAAUGCAUCUUGGUUAUGCCCAAAUGCGCAAGACAUAUCAGCAAUUACAAAAAGACCUGCAAGGACGACAACCGCCGAUUCGCGAGGAGCCUGCUGGGCCAAGGGGUGGUUACGAUGAUCGAGACUAUGGCCGUAGCGGUGGCUAUGGAAGACGUGGUGGAGGUGGCGGCGGUGGCUUUGGCAGAAGAGGCGGUGGCAGAUGGUAA